AAUCACAGUAUUUUCAACGAACCUUGUCAGUAGCAUAGACAUUGUUCCAAAAAAUAAAAUUUAGAAAUACGAACAAAGUUACACCAAGUCAUGCAUUGCUACAAACAAUUAUCCCCAGAUGGUUCAAAAAAGUAAACAGCUUGAAAAAAUCACAUCCACUCAUCAUAAAACCAGUUACAAAACACAACAAAAAACUCUAGUUACAAUGUACCUCAAAAGGUGCAAAGAAUCCAAAAAUAUUACUCUCCAAAUCCCAUUAUUGCUUUCACCUGCUAAUUGUCAACUGACAGUGUCACAAAGGUGCAAGCAAGAAAAGAGAUAGAAAGCAAGAUCCAAAAAGAUCCCCCGACGACACAAGCUGGUACUGCAAUAGCAAGGUCAUCACGUCCCCGUGUUGCAAGCAGAGCACGAAGAGCAAGGGCGGCAAAAAUUAGAUAACCAAAUACGGAGGGCGGUGCCCUCGUAAUAGUGGUUAAACUAUUAAGAACAGAUACUACACUUGAUCUAAGCCAAAAGGCCAGAGUGGUA